AUGCACAGAAGAAAAGAACAAGGUCUUGAUAAGUGCACAGAGGAAGAAGAACAAGCCAUUGAUUAUUGUACAGAAGAAGUAGAACAAGACCUUGAUAAGUGCACAGAAGAAGAAGAUCAAGACCUUGAUAAGUGUACAGAAGAAAAAGAACAAGACCUUGAUAAGUGCACAGAAGAAAAAGAACAAGACCUUGAUGAGUGCACAAUAGAAGAAGAACAAACCUUGAUAAAAGAAGAACAAGACCUCGAUAAGUGUACAGAAGAAGAAGAACAAGAUCUUGAUAAGUGCGUAGAAGAGGAAGAAGAAGACCUUGAUAAGUUUACAGAAGAAGAGGAACAAGGUCUUGAUAAGUGCACAGAAGAAGAAGAACAAGACAUUGAUUAUUGCACAGAAGAAGUAGAACAAGACCUUGAUAAGUGCACAGAAGAAGAAGAACAAGACCUUGAUGAGUGCACAGAAGCAGAACAAGACCUUGAUAAGUGCAUAGAGAAAGUAGAAAAGAAAGAAAAGAGAAGAAAAGAAUAA